AUAAUAAUACUUUUUCAUUUUAGUAAUAAUAGAUAUUGGAGAAUUCGGAGUACGGGGGGAGGACAAUGACUGACGUCACUUCUGUGUCUUGGCUCCAGUAGUUUUUCCGCCGUGACAGCGGCCACCUUCAAGGGCCAAAGAUCGAUCACCUCCUCGGCUCGCUUGCUUGCAGUCAUGUCGGGAGCUGCUUCGGGGGCUAUCAAGGCGUCUCACGGCGACAAGGCCCCGGCUACAAAGAAGGGACCCGGCGCCUUGGCCACCGCUUAUUUAGUCAUCUACAAUGUUGUGAUGACAGCGGGGUGGCUGGUGAUCGCCGUGGGUCUGGUGCGAGCGUACCUGGCCAGAGGAAGCUACCAUGGCCUCUACUAUUCCAUCGAGAAACCCCUCAAGUUCUUUCAGACAGGCGCCGUCCUGGAGAUUGUACACUGCGCAGUUGGGAUCGUGCCGUCCUCCGUCGUCCUGACUAGCUUCCAGGUCAUGUCUCGGGUCUUUCUCACAUGGGCCGUCACGCACAGCGUCCGAGAGGUGCAAAGCGAGGACAGCGUGCUGCUCUUUGUUAGCGCUUGGACCGUCACCGAGAUCAUCCGCUACUCCUUCUACACCUUCAGCCUGCUCAACCACCUGCCGUACCUCAUCAAGUGGGCCCGGUACACCUUUUUCAUCGUGCUGUACCCGAUGGGCGUCAGCGGCGAGCUUCUGACCAUCUAUGCGGCGUUGCCCCACGUGCAAAAGACGGGCCUGUACUCGGUCACGCUGCCCAACAAGUACAACUUCUCCUUCGACUACCACACCUUCCUCAUCCUCGUCAUGAUCUCCUACAUUCCGUUGUUCCCUCAGCUCUACUUCCACAUGAUCCGACAGAGGAAGAAGGUUCUGGGCCCCGCCAACGCCUACAGCAAGGUGGAGUGAGACGGAAUUGGACACUUUCAAUCCAAACAAACAAACAAAAAAAAAAAAAACGGACCUCGCAAGCUCCUUUCAUUCGUAUUUCCUCAAACUACUACUACUGUUGUCUUUAUUAUUUUCCUCAAUUUUAUUUAUGAACAAAUUGACCGAGCAACACCGUUUGGUGCGCUCAAGGAUGCACUGAAGGAAUCCGCUGCCUUUUUUUUUUUUAAAUAGAGUGCAGCCUCCCAAUCCUCCUGUGUUAAUGUUUGUUUCUUGCUUUCAUGACAAUAAACAUGUUUGACUCUC